AUUCUAUGCUUCAUCUAUUAUUAUUUAACCGCGCGGUGCCAAGUUGAGAUUUCAUUCAUUUUUUGUUUCCGUCAGUAACGGUUCACGAUGUGCCGCCGGGGCGUGUUAUGGCUAUUCAAUGGAAUUCUUGUUUUUGUAUGUGCAAGUGAAAAUGUACCGCUGCGGAAGACUCCAUUGGGUGAACUGAAAGGAUUUUUUAUGAAUACGCGCGGCGGCAGGCGGAUUUCCGCAUUCACCGCUGUCCCUUAUGCAGCUCCUCCUGUGGGAGAUUUAAGAUUUAAGGCUCCAGUUCCUGUUUCCCCAUGGGAGGGAACUCGGGACGCGACCAGUGUCAGUCCCAUUUGUGUGCAGAGGAAUCCUUACAUCCGACAAGAGGAAAUCGUCGGCCAGGAAGACUGCCUCUACCUUAACGUUUACACGCCUUUUACUAACAACGAACCAAUUGCUGAGAAAGACCUUCUUCCAGUUAUGGUGUUCAUCCAUGGUGGUGGUUGGAUGUGCGGAGAUGCAACUACAGAAAUGUAUGGCCCUGAACAUCUUCUUGAUAGAGAUGUAGUUUUUGUGGCUAUGAACUAUAGAUUGGGUCCAUUAGGAUUUCUCUCAACCCAGGAUGAGCACUGUCCUGGUAACAACGGUCUGAAAGAUCAACAAGAAACACUUCGCUUUAUUCAGAAGAAUAUUUACGCCUUUGGUGGCAACAAUCAAUCUGUUACGAUAUUCGGAGAGAGUGCAGGCGGAGCUAGCGUUAAUUUCCACAUGUUGUCGGCUUCGAGCGCUGGACUAUUUCAUAAAGCGAUCUCGGAAUCCGGUACAGCAUUGGUACCAUGGGCGGAAGCUCCCCCUGGCGAGGCAAGGAGGAACGCUUUCCGUCUGGCCAAGUUUCUCGGCUGCCCGCCGUCACCCUCUGAACGAUUGAUCGAGUGUCUCCGAAACUUGGACAGCUAUGAAAUUAUAGGCACAGAAUUUUUAUUUUACUCAUGGGACUACGAGCCGAUGACAACGUUCAAAGCGGUCAUAGAACCUGACCUUCCGGGCGCCUUCUUAACGAGGAAUCCUCGCAAGCCACCUUCUUCACCGUUCGUGCCCUGGCUAACAGGACUUACUAAAGACGAGGGAUGCUUGAAAUCUGUAUGGUUAACCAAUUUCCCGAAGCGAUAUGAAGAGUUCAUAUCCGGUUUCGACACGAUAUCACCCGUCACUUUCUACUAUGAAAAUUCUCCCUAUCCAGAAGUCAUAACCGAUAGAUUGAAGAAAGAAUACUUCGGUAACGACGAACAAAGCAUUAAAGAUGGAAUCCUUAAGAUGUACACAGAUUCUUACUUCGCUUAUCCUAUGCUGGAAUCUGUAGAGCAAGCACUGAACUUCAGCAGCCAACCAGUGUACCUUUACCAUUUUGUAUACCGCGGCGCGAACAGUUUCUCCCAAAUCUUCGGUGAUCCCGCAGGAGACUAUGGUGUAUGCCAUGCUGAUGACCUCAUGUAUUUAUUCCCCAUACACUUCCUUAACAAACCCUUCACAGAAGAGGACAACAAAAUGAUGGAUCUCAUGCUUACCUUGUGGAGUAAUUUUGCUACUAGCGGGGAUCCCAGCAAACCUAUCCAACUGUCAUUUGAGUGGAAGCCGGCAACAAGUGGGAAGAAUAUGGAAUAUUUGGAAAUAGGCAAGAAGCAAGCGAUGAAAAACGAUUUAGCUUCACGGUCGAGACUAUGGGCGGAACUACCACUGUGGCACAACGUGAGAAAACGAAGAAUCACGGACGAGUUAUAAAUGGACGGAAGAAUUUUGUGGUCAACUUUUUAGUAGAUAGUUACAGUUGUGAUUUAAAACUUAAUUUAAUAUUUCAUUCCGUUACGCUAUAAGCCUUAUUGCGUUGUAAACAUUAAAAAAAACCGGUCAAGUGCGAGUCAAACUCGCCCACGAAGGUUUCCAUACCAUCGUACGAAAAUAACACUUUUUAAUUUUCAUCUUGGUCAUUUUUAAA